AUGUCCCUGGAAAGCCUGUUCCUCGCAGGAGGGUGCAUCCCCAAGGCCAGAGGAUGGGGAUCCCUUUCCCUCUGCCUUUUCCCUUUUAACAACGCUUCCGCGUGUAACUUGAGACAAGUUGAGGAAGAAAAAAGAGGAAGGGGAAAAAAAAGAAAAAGGGAAAAAUAGCGCAGUUAUUCCCGCCUCCGCCUCCUCCUCUCUCUCCUCCCCGGCCAGCCAGGAGCCACGUCACCGUCACCCAGCGCUGGCUUCGGGGCUGCUCAGCAGGCUCAGCCUGGGGCUCCCCAGGCGACAAACCCCAACUUUCGGCCUCGCGCAGGGAAAGGAAGGCCCUGGGGUGGAGAGGAGAGAGAGAAAAAUCCACCUUGGGGGAAAAAAAGCACCCCGCUCCCUUCGGCCCAGACGAGCCCCCCCGGCACCAUGAACGUCUUCCGCAUCCUGGGGGACAUCUCCCACUUGCUGGCCAUCAUCAUCCUCCUGCUGAAGAUCCUGAAGUCCAAGUCCUGCGCCGGUAUCUCCGGGAAGAGUCAGAUUCUUUUCGCCCUCGUCUUCACAACCCGCUAUCUGGACCUGUUCACGACCUUCAUCUCCGUCUACAACACUGUGAUGAAGGUCAUUUUUUUGAUAUGUGCCUACAUCACCGUGUACAUGAUCUACGUGAAAUUCCGGAAAACGUUUGACAGCGAGAAUGACUCCUUUCGCCUCGAGUUCCUGCUGGUCCCUGUCACAGGCCUGUCGUUUCUGGAGAACCACAGCUUCACCCCCUUGGAGAUACUCUGGACCUUCUCCAUCUACCUGGAGUCCGUGGCUAUCCUUCCUCAGCUCUUCAUGAUCAGCAAGACGGGGGAAGCAGAGACCAUCACGACGCACUACCUUUUCUUCCUGGGCCUCUACCGCGCUCUCUACAUUGCCAACUGGGUCUGGCGUUACUACACGGAAAAUUUCUACGACCAGAUCGCUGUAGUUUCCGGGGUGGUACAAACCAUCUUCUACUGUGACUUCUUCUAUCUCUACGUUACCAAAGUCCUAAAAGGAAAGAAGCUAAGUCUUCCUAUGCCUGUUUGAAGACGUUUCCACGGACAAUGCAAGAAAUUCCAAAGAUGAAGCUCUUAAGAUCACAGCUUUCCUUUCCUGGCCCUUUUUGACAAACGGAUGGUUCAGCCGAGUUUUACUCCAGUGCCAGGAAGACAACAAGGCCUGGAAAGCUGAUACGCUUUGCAUCCAUGAGACUUUCCCUCAAUUUUUUUUAUUUCUUCUUACUUGAAUUUGGUGCUAGUAAGUAGUGCUGGCCAAUACUGAAAUAGCGCAAAUUAUUCUCUCCCGGCUCUUCCCAGCAUCUACCUCCAAAACACGCCUCUACCUUGACCCUGAGGCAGCACAAGGAGUGUAAGGGAAAUUGUCAUUACCUUUAGACCUUCAGCCCUUUAACGAGCGCCUAUGGGAAAGGGAACAUAGUACCAUUAAGUCUGAUAACAAAUACAAAGGCCACUGACCCAUUUCACACGUGGCCACAUCUGAAACAGCAGACACUACAAACUGUUGGCUCUGUGUGAACUAACAUCCUCCUGAAAGUUAACUCUGCCUGACCCUCAUUCUAUUCGGGUCCUCUAACAUUCCGGAACAAUACAUUCCCUUCAAAUGACAGGAAUCUUCCGAUUCCACAAGUAUUCAAACAUCCUCCCCGCUCGCUCACUUUCAGUGACAGUUCCUCGUAUUCUACAAAUGGGGACUGUUUCAAUUAAAAUUCAGUGGGUUGCCAACAGGUGUUUCCAACUCCUUGAAUUUGACUUUUUUUAAGAACUGGGAAGAACGGGGUCAAAGACAGCUUUACACUCUAAAAAUAAAGACAAAGUUCACAAUUUAUUGACAACAGUGUUUUUAUUUAUACCUACAAAAGAAAACAAGAUGGUAUCAAAAGGACAAUUUACAAACUAAGAAUAGUAACAUAGCUCUUAGUAUCCUGUGUCUGAACACCACAGAUCUAUUAAUCUCUCAAUUCAAGUCUUCAUUAAUACAACAGGAAUGUGUUCAGAGACCAGCAGGUGUGUGAAACAAGAUGCUGAUCCCACACAAAGCCACUAACCCUUCCAUUGUUCAGAGAAGUCCAAACAGUAAAUUGCUUCAGGAAGUGGGAGGGGAGGAGACACCCAACUCAUCUGACACUCCCACAAACUUUUACAGAUUGAAAACAACGCAAACAAUACUAGACGCUAAUGCUUUAUCAACAAGGGCCCUCCAGCUGGUAUAUGGAACAGAGCAGCGAGCACCAGGUGGGACAGGGGCAGCACAUGCCACGGUGCAUUUAUGCAUUCAACAGUCUGGUUAACACUCUGAACUGAACAGAGACCCUGGACUUCAGCUGACCUCAAUGGCAAUAAAGCACUGCAAGACUUGGCGUAGAUGUUUACAUGUGCACAAGUCCCUCCCAAAAGAAAUGAAAGCUAUAGCAGACUAUAAGGCAGCUUUGGCGGUCCAGAGACCCUUUUUUAAAGCCAGUCAGCGAGAUGUCCUACUCCUACACCCCUCAAACACAUUUCUGCAUUGAACUCGCAAAUUUAAAAAAAAAAAAGAAAAAAGAAAAAAGAAAAAAAAAGAGCUCUACAUUUGCUUGUGAGGGAGGCCAAAGACAAAUCAGUCAGUGCCUGGAUAAACAAAAUGCUUCUGGCUUUCACUUAACACAAGCGAAGGAACUUCCUGCCCAAGCACUGGAAUUAGAAGAUGGGAUGAGGGACUCGAGGUUCUCGAAGAUCCCUCCCUUUUCCCUCUGUGUCAGCAACCUACCUGUGUACUGCA